UUGUAAAUGUCAAAUUAAUGAUCAAAGGGAGUUCUUCGAAUUAUUUGUGUUUAUAAUUUAUAAAUUUUAUUUUAUAUUAAUAAUAACAUGGAAUUCUGGAAAAUUUGUUUAAUUUCCAUACUUGGAAUAUAUUUCUGCACCGAUAUACAAUUUGUAUCUGGACUUGAAUGCUACGUUUGUUCUAAUCAAACGGGAAACACUGAGAAAUGCCUAAACACAAUUAAAACUUGUGAUCAAGGUGACGAUGUUUGUUUCACAGAAAUCCGAUGGGGCAGUCAACCGUAUUUCUCCCAAGGAGCCCUCAAACAGUAUUACGUUUCGAAACGAUGCAUGCCAAAAAGUCACUGCCAAAAGCAAAGGAAACGAUUUAUGCCAUACUGCACCCAUAUCUGGUAUGAAGAUUGGACAUGUGCCGAAUGCUGUCAGGGAGAUAGAUGCAAUUAUUUUGUAAUUAGUGGAACACCCAAAACGACAAUCUCUGGAACAGUCUUGAUGUUUGGCUUCAUUUUGGCAAUUUUUAAUCAAUUUACUUAAACAAAAAUCAGAGAACAGUAACUCAUUUCAUUCAUUCCAAAUGUAGCACAAUAUUACUACCAAUCUCGAAUACCUUUUUGUACGAAUAACUUAUCGUUAGAAUAGAAACUGUUGGAUAGUGCCUUAUUUACUUGAUGUUUCAUGUUUACAUAGACUUAAGAUAAAUCCGUCCAUUUUUUUGUUUUAUUCACUUAGGCAGGAAAAUAAAUCUUUUUAAUUUUCUUAUAUAUA